AGUCGCUGCUGUCGCUUCAAAUGGUGCUUGUCAGAAUUUGCUGUUAUCGCGAUUUUCCCACGGAUCUGCAGUAAAUUCCUUUGCUUCUACUGCUAUUCUACCAUCUCCCAGGAGACCGCACGCGGGUGCUGCGCGAGGAGAGUGUCGAGGCGGUGCCGGAAGUGAGUGGCGAGAGUGGAAUUUCAGCGCGCAAAAAGGAGGCGCCUUGAGGACAAAAAAAGAGGUGACAUGGGAAGACGCUGUCACAGUGUUUGAUCGAAAAUCAGCUCUUCGCGGCCCCAGACGACAAUUGCGGAGUCAAUUGAGUGGCUCGAGUGACAAUAGCGACGACUUCCGGUGCUUGGGAGUGGAAAGACGCUCGCGGAGUCGCCCUGACGUGGUCCAGUGAUUUGUUUUGGGUGUGAGGGGAGCGCCUGUGUGUGAGUGGCCAGUGAAAGUGAUCCAUCGUGUAGAGCUUGAAUGCGCCUCGGGCGUGAUGUUUUCGAAGAAGAAGAAAAAGCCACAGAUCUCCCUGCCGUCCAACUUCGAGCAUCGCGUCCACACGGGCUUCGACAAGCGCGAGGGCAAGUAUGUGGGUCUGCCGCUGCAGUGGGCCUCCAUCGUGGGCAACAACCAGAUCCUCAAGUCCACCAACAGACCCCUGCCCCUGGUGGACCCCUCGGAAAUCACACCCACGGAGAUUCUGGACCUGAAGACCAUCGUGCGGCCGCACGGCAACAACAACAUAGCCGCCCGGGCGCCCGCCCCGGCGGCCGACAAGAAUGGGGCUAUCGUGCUCCCCAAGACGUCCCAUGUGGCCCGCUCCAACUCCCUGCGCAGCUCUAGUCCACCCCGAAUGCGACGUGACAUCCGCGGGGCCGCCAAUGUGCCACCCUCAGUGCCCGAGGAGACCGCCGCGCCCUACGCGGGCGCCCGCCACCCCAUGAAGCCGCCCAUGCAGCCCCCGGCCGACUGGCGGCCGCCGCAACACUUCGACAAUCAGCCCAUGUAUCAGAACAACGUGCCGUCGCUGAACGGGAACGCUGCCGGGGCGCACCUCGACGCCUACUACCGCCAGCAGCAAGCCUCUCCCGCCACGGGCGCUCCUCCGCGACCGCCCUUCCACGGAGCCGCCCCGGCGCAGCAGCCGCACGCAUUCGCGGCGGGACACAGGGCGCCGCCGCCAGAUCAGAACCAAAACGUCCAUCCGCACCACCAUCAUCACCCGCCUGCACCUGCUGCCAAGCCCUACACGCGCUCCUCGAACUCCAGCGCGGGAAACGCCUCCACGGCCACUCACAGCACUGCCGGCGCCACCGCCGCGGCGCCCAGCGGCCCCAGCCCCAGCGGCAGCAAGCAGGAGCAGCGGCUCACACACGAGCAGUUCCGCGCCGCCCUUCAAAUGGUUGUUUCUGCCGGGGAUCCGCGGGAGAAUCUUGAGAAUUUCAUGAAGAUUGGCGAAGGAUCGACAGGAACAGUUUGCAUCGCCACGGACAAGUCUACGGGACGCCAAGUGGCCGUGAAGAAGAUGGACUUGAGGAAGCAACAACGACGGGAGCUCCUGUUCAACGAGGUGGUCAUCAUGAGGGACUAUCAUCAUCCGAACAUUGUGGAGACGUACAGCAGCUUCCUUGUGGAUGAUGAGCUCUGGGUUGUGAUGGAGUACCUCGAGGGAGGAGCUCUCACGGACAUUGUCACGCACUCCCGAAUGGACGAGGAGCAGAUUGCAACGGUGUGCAAGCAGUGCCUCAAGGCCUUGGCCUAUCUUCACUCCCAGGGUGUCAUUCAUCGAGAUAUCAAGUCGGACUCGAUCCUCCUGGCUUCGGAUGGACGUGUGAAGCUGAGUGACUUUGGCUUCUGCGCUCAGGUGUCUCAGGAGCUGCCCAAGCGCAAAUCCCUCGUGGGCACGCCGUACUGGAUGUCGCCGGAGGUGAUAUCGCGUCUGCCGUACGGGCCGGAAGUGGACAUCUGGUCACUGGGCAUCAUGGUGAUCGAGAUGGUGGACGGGGAACCGCCUUUCUUCAACGAGCCGCCGCUGCAGGCGAUGCGUCGCAUCCGCGAUAUGCUGCCGCCGAAGCUGAAGAAUGCGCAGAAAGUAUCGCCGCGCCUGCAAAGCUUCCUCGACAGGAUGCUGGUGCGUGAUCCGGCUCAGAGGGCAACGGCGGCCGAGCUGCUUCAGCAUCCAUUUCUGCGUCAAGCGGGCCCGCCGUCGCUUCUCGUCUCACUCAUGAGGCGCUCAUAGGAAGGCGAGC